GACAUUACUCGCCUUCACCAAUAAUUGGAGAGCACAUACAAAUGUGAAGUGAAGCAGACAGUAGUGAAAUAGAUUUUCAUUAAUGAUCACUUAAAUACGACAAAAUCAAAAUAAAUUAAUUUUAUUAGAAAAAUCAAUAGUUUAGUGACAAAAAAUUUACGAUAUAUCGAAAAGUAUUUUAAGAAAAGUGUUUCUAAAAUAUGGCGGAACCAGAGCGAAGAACAACCAGUGAACACUUUCUACGAACUCAAUUGGAUAUUCUAACCGCACAAAAUACCCGUCUACAGGAGGAGAAUAAUUUACUACGCCAACAAAUAGCACGUGUUGCAGUUGACAGUCGGUCGGCAGGGGCCAUUAAUGUUGAGGCGAAAAUCGCCGCUUUGCGACUGGAAGAUGAGCGCGAUGAAAUGUAUGAUAGGUUGGAGCGCUUAAAAAAGAAAUACAACAAAUUGCAUGGAGCAUACCUCGAAAAGGUGCAACGAUGUAAAGCCUUAGAGGAUACUUUCAAGCGACAAAAGACACUCGCCGGUUUGGUGAUGAAAUCAGCAUUGAAUCAACGCAGCAAAGACUUGACAGCGAAACUUGAAACUGAAAAUCGGGAAAAACAGGUGGCCAAACUGCAAGCGGCGCUGAGCGAAGCGUAUGACAUAAUUGAUGAACUUGAAUUUGAACUAGAGAGUACGUACUAUUUAGAGCAGGAAAUGCAACGAAUGCGCGAGGAGUUGUUUGCUUUGAAAUCUCAGCAAAAGUUGACUCCACAAUCAGCUCAAUCACAGCCCCAGUUAGAUGAUGGUGAGCCACCACCAAGUUAUGCCUCAGAUAUGACUGACGGACCCAGUAGCACAGCACGAGGGACUUCAAGUAAUGUACGCAGUACGAUACGCCUCUCCACUGCAGCAUCUUCUUCUUCCGAGUCUUUGCCUAAUGAUGACGCGGAUAGUGAAACACUUGAACGUGCUGCCAUGACACACAGUUUGAUCGAAAAUGCUGCUGCCGAAACUUUUCAAUUACGACGAGAACUUUUAAAAUCGCGCUUGCAAAAUACUUAUCGGCCGCAGUAAAAUGGAGUCCUAGAUUGCAUAAGUAUAUUGUUAAUAACAUUAUGUACAAAACUGUAAUAAACACUGUAAUAAACACUGUCGAAAAUAUA